UUCUAACACUAUGAUAAGGCGGCGGUGAGUCAUAUUGCGAUUUCUUGGGGCUUACGAAUUGAGUAUUCGAAGCCCAAAAUCGUACCAAAGUCCAGAUACGCCUAAGGCUCAGCCCAACACAAUGUACUCUUGUGAGAUUAUUGUCCGUUGAGACCUUUUCAAGGUCCAGACUAUGGAGAACUGAAUUUCAACUCAAUGUCGCUGUCACAAUGGAAAUUAAAGAAAUUGAUGUUGACUACUCAAUGCAUCUUCAUUGCUAUUUGCCUCAGAGUUUGAGACUUUCAAGACUCUGUCAAUUCAAAAAUUGUGACUGAAAAAUGGGGAAAAAGCAAAUAAUGUUGCCGGCGAAUGAAGUAGACCUUACUGCAGUCAAAUAUGUGCCCGAAAAAAUUGAAGCUCCACAUUUGACGGGGCUUUGGUUCAAGUUGUUUGUUAAAGUAAUGGAGGCACCUGUAAUUGGUUCUUUAAUUGCUAGUCAUCUGAAGGAGAAGAAUGGGAUUACUGAGAUUCUGAAGAAUACUGUGAUACCAGAGGUUCCCAUGUUCAUUCCCCAAUUUCCUCUUCAAGAGCCAGAGCCUGGUGUUGUUUGCUUAGAAGAAGAUGGAAAACCUGAAGAACGGGUUGCUUUAGCAUUGAAGUGUCUUCCACAUUAUGAUCCUACUUGCAGAUGGAGUUCUGAUUCAGGAGAACCAUUCCAAUUCCGCUAUUGGAAAAUUCGUGAUUAUGGAUAUGCUUACAGAUCUAAGCUUACGACCCCAUCUAUGGUUGCAGAACACUUUAUCUCAGCAAUGGAGGUAUUUAAUAGUAAGCAGCAAUCAGCACCACUAUUAAUCUCAUUUGACCCCGAGGAAGUGAGAAGGCAAGCGGCAGCUUCCACUCAAAGAUUUGAGGAAGGAAACCCGUUGUCAAUCUUGGAUGGGAUUUUCACUGCAGUCAAGGAUGACAUUGAUUGCUAUCCUCAUCCUUCAAAGGGUGGUUCUAAAUGGUUUCAUGAGGUUCGCCAGGUAAAGGCAGAUGGGGUUUCUGUGUCAAGAUUACGAAACAGUGGUGCAAUUUUAGUAGGAAAGACAAAUAUGCAUGAGUUUGGUAUGGGCACAACAGGAAAUAAUCCAAAUUACGGUACACCUGGAAAUCCGCAUAAUCCAAAAAGGUACACAGGUGGUUCUUCCUCAGGUUCAGCUGCAAUUGUUGCUUCUGGAUUGUGCUCAGCAGCAUUGGGAACAGAUGGUGGAGGUUCAGUACGAAUUCCUGCUUCUCUUUGCGGGGUUGUGGGCUUGAAAACAACAUUUGGACGGACUGACCUGACAGGGUCACUGUGGGAAGCAGGAACUGUCACAAUUAUUGGACCCAUUACAGCUACAGUUGAGGAUGCCAUACUUGUGUAUGCAGCAAUCUCGGGAUCCUCUCCAGCUGAUCGAAUUCGUCUGAAUCCUUCCAUCCCUUGUUUACCAGAUUUAUCUUCCAGUGAGGGUUCAAAUAUCUUGGGAUCACUUACCUUGGGAAAGUAUACAAAGUGGUUUAACGAUGUUAGCUCGACCGACAUAUCUGAUAAGUGUGAAGAUGUCCUAAACCAACUAUUUCGUCUGUAUGGGUGCAAAACAACAGAGAUUGUCAUACCGGAGCUUCGUGAGCUGCGCACAGCCCAUACUGUUACUUUUGGAUCUGAAUCACUGUGCUUACUGAAUCCUGAUUGCGAGGCUGGGAAAGGAGUUAGAUUGACUAAUGAUACUCGCACAAAUCUGGCACUUUUCAGAUCAUUUGCAGCAUCUGACUAUAUAUCUGCCCAGUGCCUUAGGCGAAGGAUAAUGUACUACCACAUGGAGAUUUUCAAGAAAGUAGAUGUCAUUGUAACACCUACCACUGGAAUGACGGCCCCAGAAAUUCCAGAAAGUGCUCUUGCAGUUGGAGAGACAAAUUUGCAAGUUGUAGCAAGCCUAAUGCAAUUUGCUAUGACAGCAAAUGUUCUUGGACUUCCGGCAAUUUCUGUCCCUAUUGGUCAUGAUAAGCAAGGACUUCCAAUAGGCUUGCAACUUAUUGGUCGUCCGUGGUGUGAAGCUUCAAUCUUGCGUUUAGCUGCUGCAAUAGAGGAAAUCUCUGCAGAGUAUAGGAAGAAGCCAGUGGAGUUCUAUGACAUCUUCAAAGGGAAGUCUAAUUUUAACAGUUUCCAUGACUGACUACACUGAAAGAAAGUGAGGAAUUGACAGGAAUAAGUUUGUGUAGGAAAAAUUGAUUCCACUUCUUGAAUAGCCACUGAUUGGCACAUUUAUUUCCACUUAAUAGUCAUUAAUUGGCCAUUACUGCUAAUUCAGAUAUUAAGUGAGAAACCAAGACAAAAUAUAUAUAUAUAUUUCUUUUUCUCAUUUUCUUCAGUGCUGGGUUUUUGUUUUUAGUUUACAAGAAAAGAGUUUGUUGGAUUUCGGAAUUUAUCUUAUACUCCCUCCGUCCAACAAUACUAAAAAUAGAUGUCCAAUAAUACUUGUUCACUUUAUGAAAUCCAUGGAUAAUUUUACACUUA